GAUCGUUGCGUUGAUGCUCUCAUUGCUAUUUAGGAAGCUGAACAAGAAAGACACCAUCCAUCCUACAAUAACAAAACAACAACAACAACUAAACAGUUUUCUUUUGCAAAAAGCAAGUAGCACAAAAACAACAACAACAACAAACCCUAGCGAAAACAGUCAAAAACCAAUUUCGUUCGUUUGUCAAAACAAAGUAAAGCAAUCAAAAGUUAUUUCAAACUAAAACAAAAAAAAAGAACACCGGAAAAAUAAAACAAGAAGCAUAAUUGUGAAAUCCUCUAGAAAUUAAGUGUGGAAAAGUCCAGUUUGAUUCGAGCAGCCGAAUUUCAGUGAUAUUUUUAAAUGAAGUCUGUGCUGAUUACGACACAUAAAAACAUAGAAUAGAGGCAACGGGAUAAGAACAUUUAAACCAGCAAAAUUGUUGUUGGAUCAUCACGAAUAACCAACAAAAUGGAUGAUGAUCAACAGUUUUGUCUGCGGUGGAACAAUCACCAGAGCACAUUGAUCAGUGUAUUUGACACCCUUUUGGAAAAUGGUACAUUGGUUGACUGUACAUUAGCCGCCGAAGGAAAAUUUUUGAAGGCACAUAAGGUGGUCUUAUGUGCGUGCAGUCCAUAUUUUGCGUCACUUCUUUCGCAACAAUAUGACAAACAUCCGAUAUUCAUCCUCAAGGAUGUUAAAUUCCAAGAGCUUCGAGCCAUGAUGGACUACAUGUACCGUGGCGAAGUCAAUAUUUCGCAAGAUCAAUUGGCUGCACUAUUGAAAGCGGCCGAAUCAUUGCAAAUUAAAGGUCUAUCGGAUAAUCGAAGUGGAUCGUCGGCCAAGGGUGUUGACAAUGCACAACAACAGAAACAGCAAGUACCUGUAAGCGGUGGUGCAGCUGGUUCAGCUGCCAAAACGGGUUUGACCAUUGAACAAAACAAUAAAAGACCAAAUGCGGAAUUGCCUGGAGAUCGAGAAGGUUCCACUAGUCCAUUGUCACGCAAACGAAAACGAGUUCGUCGUCGCAGCGUCGAUACAAAUAAUGCGGCCGCAACAAUUGAUAAUCAUGAUCAAAUGUCGAAUUCAUCAUCACAAUCGGCCACACAACAAGCGCAACCGAUUACAAGCACACCGUUAACGCUAUCACAAAUUACCACAGCUACCUCUGCCGCAAAUGUAUUGAACGUUACCAAAAAGACUGACAACAAUUCAAAUGACGACGACGAUGAUGAUGAUGAUGAGGAAGAACCAACAAUCGUUCGGCACAAAACUCGCAACACAGAUGGCUCGAAUAAGGACAAGAUCGAUUCGGAAUUGUUAAUUGAACCAAAAAGCGAAUACGAAGAUGGUAACGAUGAAACCGUCGAAGAUCUAACAAUGGCUGAUGAAGAACUGAUGGAAGACAUGGAACAGGCGGGACCGAGUCACGGUGGCGAAGGUUCUAGUCAAGGUUACACUCAAUGGCAAGUGGAUCGAUCUCAGGAUGAAGUUUAUUUGGCAACACAAGAAGCUGGUCAACAUCGCGAUGCUCAAGCAACAGAGAGUAUGGGCAUAACACAAAUAGCUGGAAUGUCAUGGGCACAGUGGAAUGCAAAUUUGGUGAUGCCAUUGGUGACAAUGCAAGAAGGUCAACAACCGUUAGUAUUCCCAUCGGGUGAUCGAAGUAGUUCGCCCGAUUCCAAUGAAAAUGAUCCAAACGAAGAUGAUUCAUCCGAAAUGCCAACGACACCAGCCCAAACUGUCGCUCAACAGCAAAAAGGACAACAAUCACAACAAACCAAUAAAGAUACCAGCAUCGAUGGUGACAAAUCAAGCGAUGGUGAAUCGAAAAAUGGACAAGGUUUUUCAUGCCCCGAAUGUGGGCGAUUCUAUAAGCUUAAAUCAUCGUUGCGUAACCAUCAAAAAUGGGAAUGUGGCAAAGAGCCACAAUUCUCAUGCCCAUUUUGUGUAUAUAAAGCAAAGCAAAAGAUGCACAUUAAUCGACAUUUGGAACGUAUGCACAAAGAAAAAAUCAAAUUAGAAAUGAGCAAUGGCAUUCAAGUAGUCAAUAUUAAAGACGAUGCACAAAAUUUAAACUCAACUGUUUAAAGAUACAUGAACAUAGACAGACGAAAGUAAAAACAAAAGCAAAAUGGGAAAGAAUUUCUUAUUUUUUUUAAAAUGAUAAUGCCAAAACACAAAUGAUAUAUCAUUCCACCCACAAAUAUACACACACACUCACAAUUUAAUGAUAUUUUUUCCUUUGUCGCGAUCGCGCGCAUUUUGUGAAACAUAUUCACAUUUUUCACGCAAUUAAAGUCAUACCGAUAUAUUAGAUUCGAUUGUGAGGUGAGAAAUAAUGAAAAACAAAAGUUUAAUUGAAGUUGAAUUUUAAAACCGAAAGACAAAUAAGUUCUUUGCAUUUAUAAAACGCAUCAUGAAUUCCCAAUAAGUUGAAAGAAACGACUUCUCGGCUCGCUUGAUUGUGAGCGGGAACUGGUUUCUUUCUUUCGAUUGUUUUGUUUUGAGAAGAUGUUUUUAUUCUCGAAUUCAAUGGGACCAAAAACGACGAGAUAAAACAAAUACAAAACAAUUAUUAAAGACCCAUUGUUUCCUCUUCAAUACGUGUAAAUAAGCAAUUUUCAUAUUUGAUGCACAUAUUUUUUUUUCUAUAUAUUUACAAUUUAUGGAACACAAAAAAAGACACCAAUAAUAAUCAAAGCAAUCGAUGUUUUAUGAAGUCGAUAUAAAUUUCUUAGCGUUUAUAUUUUUUUCAUAGGUAUUUGAUAAUUAUUUUUCAAUUGUUUUUUAGUAAUUAAUGUGAAAUGAAAAUGAAUCGAAAACGCCAUAUCGAAAAGAAACACAUACAUACACCGAUAAAAACACACAAAACAAUAAUAUUGUACCAAUUUAAAAAUCCAAAUGAAUUUUAUCGAAAUUUUUGCUCCACCAUUUUCGUUGUUGAAUUGUUCAAUUAUUAGACAAUAGCUGGUUAUUGAUUAAGCCACCAUUUUCACUAGCAAGUUUUUUACAGUAUUCUACAUAGAGUCAGUGUCAUAUUGAAAUGAAUUAUAUACAGCUCAGCUUGAUAGAAUAGCCUACCGAAUUUUUUUUUUUCUUAUUUGAACGAACAGUCAAAGUGAUUCAGAGAGAACGAAGAAAUUCCAUAUUGAAAAUGAAACGAACGGGAAACAAAUGUGUUUGCCAUUCAUUUGAAUUAUAUUUUUCGUUCAUUCUCAAUAAGAGAGAUGAUAAUUUAUUUCCUUAAGAGACCAAAAUUUACCUCAUUACUACAUUUAUAAUUAUUCUUACGAUAUUUUUCAAGCUUGAUGGUUCAAUGUCAUCAAAUCGUCGCUUGAUUGAAACAAAUGAAAUAUUUAAAAAAAAAUCGCGACUCGAUGCGUCAAAUACAGGAGUCACAUUUUCAAUUUUUUUUUUUAAGUGUUGGAUCAUUUGAUUUUCUCUAUUGAAAAAUAUUAUAUGCAUGGUGGCAUAACAUUUUUUUCUAUUUUCGAGAGAUGUCAAAACCAUAUGUGUAGAACAAGAUGAUGAAAAGUUUCCCAACAAAUUAUAUAAAUCGCCACCACAUAAAUCGAGACGCAUCAAAAGGAAUGAUCCUUGUUGGAGAAAUCGAUAUUAAUAUUAUUACAUUCUUUUAAUAUAUAUGUAUAUGUAUUUUAAUCUAAAACAAAAUAUAAUCUAUUGCAUUCCCAAUUGAUUAAAUAACUCGCGCUCACACAUGAAAGUAAAACAGACAGAUUUUGCAUAUAAAAAAUUUCGCUGAGAGAAGAAAAAAAAUAUUCAGAUUCGGUAGAAAAUGUGCCUUUGAAAAGUAUGUUCACUUUUCGAUAGAAAACGGAAUGAAAGUAGAGUAAAAACCAUAUAAAGAGUGUGUUUCAAAAUCAAUUAAUUGAAGCAUUCGAUUCACCAAGAAGCGAUAUAAACAAAGUCAAUGAUCGUGCAGGCGCGCAAGAAUAUUAAUACAAAAGACACCCACACACACAGAUACAUGAAUGAAACCACAUACAUUCCAGUUAACCAUAUGAAAUAUGAGUUUUCACAAAAGAUUUGUUUUUUGUUUGUUAUAUAUGUGUAUAUGUAGAAGAGAAGAGAGAGAAAGAGUACAGAAAAACAAAUGAGACGCAACUCUCAUUUGGGCCGAACAAAAUCGAUCACGAUUCGUUUUGCCUAUUUUCUAUAAAUGUUUAUUGUUAAAAAUGAAAAUUUUUUGAAUCGUUUUCAAUCAAAGAAAAAAAAAUAAUAAGAAAAACCAUAUAAUCAGAGAAUACUCAAUGAAUUAAUAAAAAAAAAAAAACAAUUUAUAUGCAAACCGCGAUGAAUACAUUGUAAACAAUUGACAUUUAAAGGACAUUUGAAUUUACGGUAUAUUAAUUACAAAAAACAAGAUAUUUUUUGAAAGGCCACGCCUCAUUCCAGCCGAUGAAAUACCAUUUUAUUUUCUCUAAUUUUUUUUUGAAACAGCUGCGCUAACGCAAAAUAAACAAAAGUUAUUUAAUACCGAGAUAUACGUUCCAUUCAUACAGGAUUUGAAUCAAAUGUCCAUUUAGAGAAGAAAAUUCAAUCGUUUUUGUUUUUGUAAUUGAUCGCUCAUAGUGAUAUAUCUCUUGAGAAAAGAAGAGAAAAAGAGUAAAUCGUAUUCAUUCAUUCCAAUUUACUGACACAGUAAUUGUAUUAUUAUAAACGCAGAAAAAAAAACGAAAGGAUUAUGUUAAAAUGUACAAUGUAUCGCGAAAGUCAGUCUCACUCAAACAUUUCAAGUCGAUUUGUAUUGUUUUCUUUUUUCCUUCUAUUUUUUUAUUUCUUUCAAUUUAUUAUUGAUUUAUGUUUAAACACGUACAUUUUUUUUGCUCUAUGUACUACUUUGUAAUUACAAUUGUGCAUUCGCAUUUCCAUUAAUUUCAUCUCCUGUUUUCUAUUUUAUAGAUUAACAGCCAUAAUCCCAAGAAAACAAAACAAAAAUCGUUUAUUUUUUUAGGAGGUGGAAAAUGAUGAAUGUUGCACAAACAAAUGUUUAUUAGUUUGCAAAAAAAAAUUGAAGAAAAAAAAAACUUUUACAAAAAAAAUUAUUAUAAAAUUAUAAAGAGAUAUUCCAUUAGUUAUGUAAGCUAUAGAAUGAUGAACAAUUAUGAACAGCACACGUUUUUAUCAACAAAUCUUUAGAUCAGUAACUGAAACGAGCGAUUUAACCAUGAAAAGGAUGCAUUUUUUUUAUUCAGAAUGUUGAUCAUAUCAUAGGUUUCGGUAAAAAAAAGUCGCAAACGAAAAAAAAAAUCAAUAAUUUACAAUGAGCUUUGCGCUAACACUUUGUGGUGCACGAUGCAUUCCACAUGCAUGAUACAGUAUAAGCCAAUGAUAAUGGGUGCUCUUCACCAUCAUUCCAUUUAUAUAAAAAAAAA